AUGACAGUCAUACAGAAAGCCCCUGCUGAGGCCAGCACGAUGCUCGCCGACUCCUCUUUGCUCGAGAAAAUUGACCAAUUAUUCGCCUGCAAUGUGGGCGAAUACAUCAACUUACCGCAAUUGGUCGUCGUUGGGGAUCAAUCCAGCGGGAAGAGCUCUGUCUUGGAAGGUUUGACGAACUUGAAAUUUCCUCGAAAUAGUGGCCUGUGUACCCGAUUCGCGACUCAGAUCAUAUUUCGUAGGGACCGUAAAUUGAAAACAAGGAAAAUCUCUGGCUCGAUCAUUUCAACGACCCACGACGAUGAGAAGGAAAAAUCUGGUUGGAGUAUAUCAGACAUCGAGACACUCAACGACAGCGAGUUUGAGAAAAUGAUGGCUGAGGUCCACGUAGUUAUGGGCCUAUCAAACUCGGUGGGAGACAACUUGCCCACGUUUUCCUCUGACGUUCUUCGGUUAGAAAUUCAUGGACCCGAUGAAAAUCAUCUUAGCGUCAUCGAUGUUCCUGGAAUUUUCAAGACUACAACACCCGGAUUAACUUCAAAGUCGGACAUCACUCUUGUGAGAGAUAUGGUGCUCAAUUACAUGAGGAAUCCUCGGUCUAUUAUACUUGCUGUUGUUCCAGCCAAUGUGGAUAUUGCAACGCAAGAGAUCAUAGAGAUUGCCAGAGAGUUGGAUCCCGAUGGAAUGAGGACACUACGAAUUCUUACAAAGCCCGACCUUGUUGACAAAGGGGCGGAAGAUAAGAUUAUUGAACUUGUCGAAGGGAAGCAAGAAUCGCAAGAAUUAGGCUGGGUGGUAGUUAAAAAUCUUGGUCAGAAGGACCUCCAGGACCUAUCAAUCAGUCGUAAUCAUGAAGAAGAUUUAUUCUUCCGUUCGCCUCCUUGGAACCGCCUCUCAAGCGAUAAUUACGGUAUCGAGGCUCUGAGAACACGAUUACAAGCACUUUUGGCUGCGAAUGUGCGACGAGCGUUUCCAUCGGUGCGGUCUGAAGUCUCAAGACGUCUCAAAAAAUGCAAAAAAGUUCUUGAAAGCCUGGGAGAAGAGCGUGAAUUCACUGAGCAACAGAGCAAAUUCUUGCUCGAAAUUGUGUCCAAAUUUCAGCGUAUCACCGAGAAUGCUCUUCAUACAAACUACGGAUCACAAGAUGCCUUUGACGAAGAACCAGGUUUACGACUGGCAACUUUGGUUGCUAAUCGCAAUGCACAGUUUUCUGACGACUUUUCCACUGUGGGUCAUGUUUAUGGCUUUAUGUCACAUAGUCAUGACGAUGAUUUAAACGCUCCACGAGACUCGGGAGUGGCUUCACCAGCAAGCUCUGUUGGCGCUCAUGUCGGUGACACAGAUGAUGAUGAUGAUGAUGAACAACAAGGACAAGAGCGCAAUUUUGUCCCCAGCAGAAAAUUAAAUAGUUGCCCCGAUAUUGAGGAUAUUCUACAUGACUGUGUCCCAAUCAAGAACUGCCAGUCACAAGGCAUUCUCGUUUGGAUUGAGAAUAUCUAUCGGGAGUCUCGUGGGUUUGAGAUAGGAACGUUCAAUUCGUCUAUACUUUCCAGUGUACUGAAGAAACAAUCCGCAAAAUGGCCAUCCCUGGCCGAGGGCUAUAUUUGCGAUAUCAUAUCCAUGGUUCACACAUUUACGAGUAAGGCAUUAAAAAUAUCCUGCGGAGAUCCGAGAAUGAGGCAAAACAUCUUGUCGUUCUUGUUGGACGAUCUUAUGGACAAAUACCGACAAGCCUUGUCGACGACGGAAUUUCUUCUUCAAAUUGAAAGAGAAGGAACACCCAUGACGCAGAACCAUUACCUGAAUAGUAAUUUACAAAAAUGUCGCCAGGAGCGCAUCUCGUCUGCAGUAAAGAACUCUCAACAUUCUGUGACACUAGCCGAUAACACCAAAGUGGACUGGGUCCGAGUUUCUGAUAUCGCCCAAACUCACCACAUGAAUAACUUGCAACAGACUGUGCAAGACAUCCAUGAUAUAUUGAAAUCAUACUACAAGGUGGCUAAAAAGAGGUUUAUUGACAAUAUCUGCAUGCAAGCCGCGGACUUCUACUUGGUAACAGGACCAACAGCUCCAAUGAAAUUGUUCUCGCCCUCUUGGGUCUACAAUUUGUCAAGUGAGCAAUUAGAAAACCUUGUCGGAGAGGAAGCUUCCGUGCAGAGGAAGCGUCGCCAGUUGAAAAAGCAGGUGAAAGAUCUUGAGAUUGGCAGAAAUAUUCUGCUUUAG